AUGGCACCCCGUUUGUUGAACAAGAUAUGUCUCAUCACCGGUACAGGCGGUAGCAUGGGACGUGCAGCAGCCCUCAAGUUUGCUCAAGAAGGUGCUAAAAUCGUCGGCUGUGAUAUAAAUACCGUUACCGAUGCAGCAACUAUCGAAGCCGUACGGGGGCUAGGUGGUGAAAUGAUAUCCAUGUCUUCAUGCGAUCUUACAAAACGUGAAAACUGCGAGCAACUUGUCGAUCUAGCCAUAAGAACCUAUGGACGCAUCGAUGUGCUGUACAAUAAUGCGGGAAUAGUUCAUAUGAGCUGGCUCGACGACGGCAAGGAUGAUGACUGGUACAAAACAAUUGACCAGGAGUUAAGCCUCGUCUACCUGUUGACUCGUGUUGCAUGGCCGUACCUGAAGGAGUCCGGUGCCUCCAUUAUCAACGUUGGCUCUGCCAACGGUUGGAUUGCGAUUCGUUCAGUGCCUGGUAUCGCCCACACAGCUGCGAAAGCUGGGGUUAUUUCCAUGACACGCCAAUUGGCCAUGGAAGGGCGUGCGCACGGUAUCCGGGCCAAUUCGAUCUCACCAGGUCUUAUCCAGACUCUGCAAACCACGUCUUUGCUUGAGAACCCUGAAUGGGCCUCAGAAAUGACACAGAAGAUCAUGGUUGGCCGCAUCGGUCAGCCAGAAGAGAUUGCGGCUGUUGCUAGCUUUCUUGCUUCAGAUGAGAGCUCCUAUAUCACUGCUGCAGACAUUCGGGUCGAUGGUGCUCUUUCCGAUGUUCUUGAGCUUCGCGAGUUGUUCGAGUCUCCCGAGCGGGCCGCGAUCUCACUCAGAAACCUCAUCACCGGUGUGGGUCCCAAUGAACGCCGUACGAUUAGUCGCGAAGAUGUUGGCUAUUACAACGCGCUCGUCAUAGCAGCAGUCUAUGAAAUUGCGAGCGAACAUGUAGACGUUAGCACCACCCAGUCAUUUCUUGCACCUUUGAGACAAUGCAUCGGGAAGUACCCAUACUUAAACGUGGUCGUCAAGGACAAGCAUACCGAGAAGCCAGCAUAUGAAGCGGUUUCUAGCAUUGAUCUCCACGAUCAUGUGUUUAUAAUCCACGAAGACGAAGCCAGUAACAAUGGCGAGACAGCAAAAAUGGAGAAGAUUCUGCCAGCCAUACUCGACCGGCCAUGGCCUGCUGAUAUCCCACCUUGGCGAAUUGUGGUCCUCCCUUUGGUGUCACCACAAGACUCCACAGCGAAGCGAUGCUUUGUCGCUUUCGCGUUUUCCCAUGCUCUCGGCGACGGCAUGGUGGGAGUUGCAUUCCACCGCACCUUCCUAGAUGCAUGGCGCCAGACUACUAGCGUGGACAAGAAUGCCUCUUUCUUAGUGACACCGCCAAGUCAAACGCUCCCGGAACCCUUUGACACACCUGAAAGGCUCCCCAUAUCCUGGAAAUUCCUCCUUGAGCCACUGAUAGCAGUUUACUUGCCAAAGUUUGUGGCCAAACUUUUUGGGCUCCGUGCAUCUGCCAGCACCCUAGAUGCCGGUACUUGGAUUGGGUCACCCAUGUUCUUCGAUCCGGCAGCUGCCCUCCAGAGUAGAGUAAGGCUCCUUGAGAUUGAGGCCCCGCUAGUCCAAAAGGCCCUGCAAACGUCAAGAAGCCAUGGCUCCAAGCUCACGGCAACGGUGCAUCAGAUGGUCGUUCGCGCGCUAAGCAGAGCCAUUCACAGCACCGACGUCACCAAUUUUGUCUCGGGGACACCUGUUGAUAUGCGAGCGUCCAUUGGGACGCCAGGUCUCACAUGGGGUCUUUUCGUAUCUGGCUAUUACGACGUACAUCCACGGGUACCGAAUGCGAAAGAGCCUGGUUUGUCCGAGGAGAGGUGGACAGCCGCGAGUUUGAUGACGCAAAAGCUCGCUGAAUGUGGUGCGAGGCUGCAAGAUCAAGCCAUUGGCCUGCUGAGAUAUGUCCCCAGCAUCCGGAAUUGGACAUUGAGUAAAAUUGGACAGAAACGGGACUCUUCAUACGAACUGAGCAACUUGCUUGCUUUCGACAACACGGGUGACGGUACAGAUCAAAAGUGCAAGGUCAGCAAGAUGGUGUUCUCGCAGCCUGGCAAUGUUACUAGCGCACCACUGGUUUUCAAUAUCAUCAGUGUCAAAGGGGGUAGCUUGAUGUGCACAGUGAGUUGGCAAGCUGGAGCCUUAGGUGUGCCGGUAGAGGAGGAAAUGUCCUUGGUUGAUGAUAUAUGCUCAUCAAUUCGUGCGGACUUUGAAGCCCUGACUGAUUAA